AAAUGUCACUAUUACUGUUUUUUUCUUCCUCUAGCUUCCUUUUUAUUUAGAACCUUACCAUGUGAGCAAAGAGCUCAAAAGACCUCUGCAAAAAGUCUCUCUCUUCUAGUCAUACCUUUCAACACAAAGUAACCAAACCUUUGAUACCAAAAUUCAGCAGGAAGUUUACAGGGGAAAAAAACAUGUAUAAGAAUCAGCUGCAAGAGCUUGCACAGAGAAGCUGUUUCAGCUUACCAUCAUAUACUUGCAUAAGAGAAGGACCAGAUCAUGCUCCAAGAUUCAAAGCUUCUGUCAACUUCAACGGUGAGAUAUUUAAGAGUCCCACUUACUGUUCCACUCUCAGACAAGCUGAGCAUGCAGCUGCUGAAGUUUCACUAAAUGUCCUUUCCUCUAGAGUCCCUUCUAAAUCCUUGACUGCAAAGAUUCUUGAUGAGACAGGAAUUUACAAGAACUUGCUACAAGAGACAGCACAUAGAGCUGGUCUUGAUCUGCCAAUGUACACAAGUGUGAGAUCAGGAUCUUAUCACUUCCCAGCUUUCUCUUGCACUGUGGAGCUUGCUGGGAUGAGUUUCACUGGAGAAUCAGCAAAGACAAAGAAACAAGCUGAGAAAAACGCAGCCAUUGCAGCUUGGUCCUCUUUGAAAAAAAUGGCAAGCUUGGAUUCUAUGGGAGGAAAGGAAAAUGGGGAAGAGAAGGAACAAGAAGUAGUAGCAAGAGUACUUUCAAGAUUUAAACCCAAAGAAGUGAGAAGAAGAGAGACCACAAACCAAUGGAGAAGAAGAACAAGUCAACAAGAUACAAACAAGGACUUGUCUGAGAGAUUGAGAUGGAUCAAUCUAUUAACCUAUGAACCUUCAAAAAGCCAGGCUUCAAGAACAAACCUUUCAACAAUUCAAAGGGAUGUUUUAGCAAAAAAAAAAAAACAAUUCAAAGGGAUAUCAUUACAAGAAGCUAAGGAAGAGACAGAGAUGAUGAUCACCACAAAGUCGUUUCCUUUGCCAGUGGCUGCUCAUCAUAAAGCCAAACUCAACGAAUCAUCGAGCGGCGGAUGUAGUAACCAAAUUCCAUUUUCCGACAGAGGCAGGUUCAGUUUCGUCGGAGGUUGUAAUAGGCUAGCUCCAGCGGUUCAGAUCAGAUCAGUGAUUCCAGUUUUCGCAGCUCCGGCAUCAAAACCAAAUCCUAGUCCUAGCACAUCAUCAUCAUCAUCAUCAUCAUCAUCAUCAUCAUCAUCAUCAUCAUCAUCUAUAAACUCUUGCUCUGUUCCAAAGACGCCGGGAUUGGGAGGUCAAGAGAAGAAUCUAACCCAAACGAAAAAAGUGGAUCAAACCCAUGAUUAGUUAGGUGAAUUUGGAUAAAGGGUUAAUCUCGAAUUAAAUCAUAUGUUAAGUUGUUGUUGUUUGAUUAGAUAAUAAUAAUAUGAUUGUGUUCUUGUUUU